AGAAGAAAAAAAACCCAAUCUUCUUUGCUCUGUUUCUCUAUCACCCUUGAGGAGGAGAGAAAUUAGAAACUCUUCUCCAUUUUUUCUCAAAUUUAGGCAAAAAUGUCAGCUUCUAACUAUCUCAAUCGCUUUUCAAUCAAAAAAUUACCCGUUAGUACCGUUCCUGUUCCUCUCGUUAUCCAUGGCUUAGUUGGCUUCUUCUUGUUGUACAUAAUUUUCGAUUGGGGAAGAAAAUUUUUGAAUUUCUUAUCCCAAUCGCAAAAAUCGAAAUCAGAAAAAGGAAAUCAUAAUGCAACAACAACAUCCCACCAUAAUAAUGUGCCUUAUUUGUUAGUUGAUGUAAGUUUAUACAGAGAUGAAGUAGAAACCAUAAUGGGUAAAUUGGGAAUUUUUUGUAACCCAGAUGGUGAUAAACUUUAUCACGAGAGGUUCGAUUCGGACAAUUUUCGCGACUUGUUUGGAGACGAUGACGAUAACGAUAAUAGUAAUAUUAUGCAGGAAGUAUUUGAUGUAUUUGAUGAGAACAGAGAUGGUUUCAUUGAUGAAAUGGAAUUGCAGAAAGUUUUGUGUGCACUUGGAUUUAAGGAAGCUGCAGAACUGGAGAAUUGCAGGAAGAUGAUUUUGGCAUUUGAUGGAAAUAAAGAUGGGAAGAUCAAUUUUGAGGAAUUUGUAGAAAUGAUUUAAUGAUUUUUUUGUUUGUAGAAGCAAAUUCAUAAGCUAUUUUGAUGUGAGUUUAUUGUUUUUGCUAGACAAGAAAAUUAUUAUUACUACUGUUAUAUUUUUUACUACUAUAAAAAAUGCAAACUACUCAUCCUAUUCUUUUGUUGGA